AUGGCUGCCCAGCGCGCGUCUGAUCAGCUGAAACCGGAUGACAGUGCAAGUGGAGUUGGAUCAUGGAUGAAAGUGAAUGAAGAGAAGGGGGUGGAAUCGAGAACUGAGGCUGCUCAGCCAACUACUUCGAUACCAGUCGUUCCUGAGCCAGCUCAAGGCCAACCUGUCGGGGAUCAGGACACCGAUGAUGAUGCUCCACCACCCAAUUUCAGCAUGGGUGAUCCAAUGAGUGCUCCUCAAGCUCCUAGCGGUGCUACGUUCCAUCAGUGGGGCACAGCGCCAGCCACACAGGCGGCCAAGAACCUGCUCGGGAACCAGAUUCGGCCAGAAUGCUCUGAGCAGCUCGGCUCAGGACAAGAUGAGCGAUCAGUGCUGAUCAUCGACAACAGGGACAUGAGGAUCACAAGCCCUUUUCAGGGUUGGCUUGUCGAUGAGAUCCUCCUGAAUGCUCAAUCGGGCAUCAACAUUUUAUCCGAUCGGCAGCUGUUGCGCUCUCCCAACAAUGGCUACCACAUGAACAUUUUCUACGUUCGUGCCAUGGACGGGUACAAGUUCAUUUUGGUUGGAUCCAUGACCAGCUAUGGUACAGUGCCAUGCGCUCGUUGGGACUCUGACACAGGAGAUGUCCUGUCCCAUGCGGCGUUCCAACCUUUUCGGUGGCCGCUCAUGAGGGAUGACUCAUCUACGUGGGCUGACGUCAAGAUCAAGAUCGAGGGCCAGCUGCUCCUCCACCUCGAGCUUAGAGGCUAUCGUUCCAACUCGGAUAUGACAGUCCAGCUCAACUACAUCAAUGACGGUCUCAUUCCUUUGCUCAGGGACGAGCUCUUCGUGCCUGCGGUGGUGGUGACGAUCUUCAUUGGUUGGAGGGUGAUCGCCGUGAGUUUUGAAGUGGGAGGCAGGAUCUAUGCCUGCAGUGAGAAGGGAGUUGUGGUUGCUCUGGAUUUCCCUCUCUGCCACUUCGAAGUCAGAAUGACUGCUCUGUCAUCAGCGGACUCGAUCGGAGUCGAUGCAGACAGGCUGGAAUUCAGAUUUCGCUCAGCAGGUGAUGAUGUGGACUUGGCAUGCUCACAGAUCACCGUGCCGUCCACCUGGCUCACCCUUUCAAGGGUCUCAGGCCCAACGCUCGUGCAGAACGCCAAGUGGUGUCGUGAUCGACAUGCCAGAGUUGAGGGGCCUGAUCAGACUAUGCAAAUGAGUCAGCUUGCAGGCAUCCAUGCUCACUGGACAGCUCCUCUUUUUCAGGCACAGAAGGUCAUCGUCCCCAAGGAGGCGAUCGCGUCUGGGCAACUGCAAGCCCUGACAGGACCGCCCAUGGCUCCAUUGCUAGUGGCUCCACCGAGUGAUGUCCCGAUCUCGGUGACUGAGGCGUUCUUAGACCAGGUCAGGACUGUGGUGACCGGCGUCUCAGCGGGUGGCUCCACCACAUCGGUGCCUCGCUCGUUCGGACCAGAGCCAAAGGUCGAAGAGGUCGGGAUCUUAGUGGGGGCCGUGAGCGCUCAGAAGGGUUCUGAGCUGGGCAAUUCAGGGCUCCCCCUUUGCCAAUUUGGCAUUCGUCGCGGCGAUGGAGUUGAGCGAGCGUUCUUUGAGAGCACGGCCAACCAGCUCGGCUUUGGGCUGUGUGAGGCACCAGAUCCUCCGAUCAGUGCUGCAACGGCCAAAGCUCGUAGGGCAGGGGCCAUUAAAGCUCUCUCGGGCCAUCCAGUCAACCCCCCGAGGAAGUUUUUGAAGGCUAGUUCGGAAACCCCUUCAGCAACACCGCUGCUUGACCAGGAGAAUGCAGCUCGCUGGAAGUGGGCAGCUCGAUUGGAGGAGAUCGGUCGGAAGGCAGGAACAUUUUCAAAACUGCUGCUCGACACCGCCAACGAGAAGGGCUUGUCCCACGCCGAAGUGGCUCGCUUGAGACAGCUCGUCCUAUCUUCAGGCGCUCCUCGGACCAUGGUCACCCACGUGACCAAUUGGGAGCGGUUUGCAGCCUGGGCCGAGGCCAAGGGCAUUGAAUUAUUUCCUGCAGAAGUGAUCAGCAAACGUGCUCGUACUCUGAAAGAGGCAGUGCCUAUCCCAACACAGGUCGUUCGCUCGAUGGAGCUCUUUGUGGUGGAUGAACAGGAGCCCGAGGCGAUCAGGUUGUUUACUUGGUGGUGGCUCUGCAUGGUUUUUGCUUCCCUUCGUUUUGACGAUGCAAUGCACGUUCGUCCCGACGAGCUCGUCUUGAAUGAAGAAGGGCUCUUCGGGGUGGCAUGGCAGACCAAGGUGGAGCGAAAACGGAGGGGCACCAAGUUUGUCGUGCCGCAUGUGAGUUUUUCUGGAUCAGAUUGGCUGCGGCCAGGGUGGCAGCUCUUACAGAAUGAGCACUUCGGGUUGGCUCGCGACUUCUGGAUGCGCGACCUCAACUCGAGGGAAGCCUUUCGCGAAGCUCCAGCUCAGUACCAGUCAGUGCAGUGGCUCAAGUUUAUUGGAAGCUACGCUCUCAACCACUACCACGAGGGCUCGGAUGUUGAGUUCAAGGAGCUGUGCAACACGGUCAAUGGCCUCACAGCCCACUCGGCAAGGGUCACCAUGUUGGAUGCGGCAGUUCAUGCAGGCCGCAGUACCGAGGAAAUUGGACUUCAGGCCAACUGGAAGAACCCGGGACCGCUCGUCUUGAAGUACACCAGAAAUCGCUCUGCCAUUCCCGCGAAGAUGGAGCAGCAGUUGGUCAAGGACAUGCUCGUCCAGGCCCAUCCGGCAGAGGGCACCGAGGAUGCCGUGCUCGACAGCGAGGAUCCCUCUGCCUUUGACCAGUUCCAGUUCUUUGUCAAGACCAAUGGUUCAGCGGCAGCAUAUGACUGCCGGUAUCACUGUGCAGCGGCAGGUGAGCCUGCGGCAAUCGCAUGCGGGAGGCUCAAGUUGGACGAGUGCACGCACGUGGGCUCUUGUUUGCCAGAGCUCUCCAUGCUUUGCAAGCACUGCUCGCGAGCCCGUCCUGAGAUUGCGCUUGCUCAUGCUCGCUAG